GCAACAGGUAAUUAGCCCCUGGUCUCCUGUAGGAAAAAAAUGUUGUUCUGCUCCUGCCCACUCUGGAAAACACUGGUUUUCCUAAGUUCAGCACUGCUUCUUGCAGAUUUUACUGAAAUCGGAGCUUUUGCCAGUCCAAGUGAAUGCGAAAGUGCAACCAUAGAUGAUGUGAAUGAGAGUCUUGAGAAAUAUUCAAAAUGCCUUCCUGAAAUGAUUGCCAAGGGUAAGAAAGCUUCAAUCAAUUCCCUUGUCUGGACACUGCAAGAAACACUUGAUCUCCUGCGCCCUGUUCAAGAGAAAUUUUUCAAGCAGCUGCAUCCAUGCCCUCUCCCACUGGCCCCAAGAAACGGUGGGCUGGUGUGUGUCACCAUCGACAGCGCUCAGUACUGCAAACCCAUGUGCAACAAGGGUUAUGACUUUCAGUUCCUCAGAAGCAGCAGACUGUAUGAAGUAUGUGGCAAUGCCACUGGGUUUUCCUGGACCACGCAGCUUGUUGGGGGAAAGGAACUGGCUGUUUGCAACCCCUCUGAGAUGGCCAUCGGUGGAGCUAAAUCUGCCUAUUUCCCCAGCAACAGCACCUGUCUGCACACAGUAGCCUUCCCUGAAACUCAGAGAGAGCAGCUAAACAUCUUCCUCAAAGAGCUUGCCGAGCAAGGCAUUGACAGCUCCAAACGGGAUGAGGAGGCUGAUUGUAUCAUCUGCGGUUACUAGCACCAAAAAGCUUGUGCCACAGACCAGCCAGCUACCUGCAGUCUGACAUGGGUAUUUUGACAAGAGAAGCAGAGCAGUGAAAUCAUUCUAAGACAUGUAAGCAUACAGCUUUUGUUUAGUUAAAGGACUAGAGACCAUAGUCAUAAUAUGACCUCAGCUUUGGCGUACAGAGAUAUAGACUAAAUCGAAUGACAUAGCUCAUGGUAGAAGUGUUUCAAAGAAAGAAGUUCACUUUUAUGGCUUAAAUUUGUCUAGCUGGAAUUAAAUAAGGAUUACAGUUUUUUAAUGGAUGCAGUCAUUAUUUAAACACAAUAAUUGUUAUCAGAAAUCGUUCUCUGUCAGGGGUCAUCUUUGAUGAGAAAGGGCCAUAGUUCUACUUACUUUUAUAGUUGCCAAUUAAUCACUAUUGUUACUCUGAUGAACAUUAAAACAAUGAAUGCCAUAACAGUUACUGGUUGUACGGAUGUAAUUCUUUAUUCAUGUGCCUGCUUGACUGGGGUUUAGAACAUCAGCAGAAAACCUGUCCAUUGUCCACCUGGCACUUGGGGCAAGUGAAGACCAAAGACAGCUUAGCCCUGGUAAUCCAGUUAAUUUGUGGAGCUGUAGCUACCAAAGAGAUGUGCAUGUGAAUUAUUAUGAAAUGUAAACAAGAAGCUUAGUUAUUGCUUGGUUUUCAGUGGAAUCUGUGCUUGGAGUUAUAUUUUAAUUUUCUUCUGUUGAGCAAACACUGAAGCUGUAGGUCUGAAGACAGACAGCUCAUCUGUUUGUGUUUCCUUUCCCUUCUUUACCUUUUUCCUAUUCCUGUCAAUCUCUCAGACACAGAGAGAUACAGCACAAACAGCACAAAACAGCAUAGUUUUGUGCUACAUGAUGUAUAAUUGACCUUUACAUCAUUAAUUGGAUAAAUGAUUCAGAUAUAUAUUUACAUGCUUAUAUUUCAGACUUAAAAUCCAGUCAUUACAAGCAAAAGAAAACAGCAGCUGCUUUUGGGCCCAGGAGCAGACAGUCAUAUGACAAUGAAUAGAGCAGAUAAUUACACCAGCAAAGGGAUGAUUUGGCUGCUUUGGCUGCUUAUAAACCAUGCAGCAGUAACUUAAGUCAUUGUGUUGGAGACAAAAGUGCUGUAGUCUUAAAGAAAAGCAAUGGCUUUUGAAUCACUGGUGAGUUUGUUUAUUUCUGUCAAACAAAUGAUCUCUAUCAAAUGAAAUUGUAAUGGGUUUGAGUCUUUUCAGCCAGUUCAUUAACAGCUGAUGCUCAGCUAAAAUAUCUGGAGCAGUUUCCAGUAUAUUUUUUCUACUGGUGUUAAAAAACAUUUUUUCUCUCAAUUAUAUUAAUCUAUUCUGGUGACUUCCUAAACCAACCAAAAAAAGAAAACUAAUAUUGUAUUUCGUAAGGAAAUCAAAUCCAUUGCUUUUGUAAAUGAACAGAAACUAUUAAAUCUGUUUAAUUAAAUUAA